GCCAUUUCCUGUGGAAGAGGCUGGGAGGCAGAGCUGAAAGGGGGAGGCAAAAAAAGGAGGCAGAAAGCUUGGGAAACCCAUUUGGGAGAGAAAAAGUCGUCUUUGCUGCCCCACUUCCUAGGACUUCUUCGUGAGGAAACUUGAGGGAAGAAGUCAAGAGCAGGAGAAGGAAAGGAAGAGGAGGAGGAGGAGGAGGAGGAGGAGGGAGAGGGAGAGAAGGGGGCUUGUUUUCCUGCUGCCAGAGCCCAGCUCAAGGGGGAAGCUGCGGGUGGAGGCUUUUUUGGAGCUUCAGGCGAGGCAAGCCAUGGCAAGAGGCUUUGUGGGGGACUGUUUUAAAAGUCCUGGCCCAUGAUUGUGACCCCUCCAAAAGAGAGAGGUCUGUCUCUGUGGGGCGGAGAGAGCAAAGAGGUGGCGCAAAAGACCGAAAGGUGUCUGGCGGAGGUUUGGAGUGGCGCCUUCCCUGGCCGAGGCGAAGCAGGGCUUAGUUGGGGGCCCUUCGGAAGGACUGACUGGGGCUGGCUCUGGUCCCCUUCGGCUGGAGGAAAGGGCCUCUUCCAUGCGCCUCGCCUCGCCUGGCUCCCUGGGCGCCCCGCUUGGCGCCUGGCCCCCCCCGGGCUCAGCCCCAUGUCCCAGGUGGGCAGCCCUCCCGCCGGAUCGCCCCAUGGAGCAGGCGCCCUGGAGAGGGGCCCGCCGGAGCCCAGCCCGGCAGGUCAAGAUACAAACGAGUCCUGUUCCUCCAAGUCUAAUUCAGCAAUAGCAACAACUCCAGAUUCUUCAAACCUACCCCAUAGCUCUCAAAAACAGACUACAGGUGUGAAGGAAGAAGAUCCAUCUCAAGAACAUUCAGCAUCUCACAGAUCCCUGGUGAAUGGAAUGUCCUCUUCAAAAACAAAAUCUGAGGAUGGCUUUGCAGUAGUGACCAAAGCUGUGACACGCCAGCCCCAGGGCCGGGUUACUGUUCAGAUCCCUCCAGCUUCGACUUUUAUCCCUCUGCUGCAGAAUGGUGCUGGACGCGUGUCAGAUGAGCUCAGCAAUUCUAACGGCGAGGCUGGAAAUGGUGUCUUGUGUUCUGAACUCAGGUCACUCUCAGGCUCCCAGAAGCCACAUCGAAAGCUACAGUCUCAUCACUCCAUCAACAGUCAGAUCAGCAAAAAGAGCAAAGGCAGCUCCAAAUCUGCAUCCUCUCAGAUUCCUACUGAAGCACAGGAAGAUUGCUGUGUCCACUGUAUCCUCUCCUGCCUCUUUUGUGAGUUCCUGACCCUCUGCAACAUCAUGCUGGACUGUGCCACUUGUGGCUCCUGCAGCUCCGAGGAUUCUUGCAUCUGCUGCUGUUGCUGUGGCUCUGGGGAAUGUGCCGAUUGUGACCUGCCCUGUGACAUGGACUGUGGCAUUAUAGAUGCAUGCUGUGAGUCAGCUGACUGCCUGGAAAUCUGCAUGGAGUGCUGUGGCUUGUGCUUUUCUUCUUGAAACUGGGAGUCAGAUCUUGUUGUCUGAACAUAGGAAUUCUGGCUAUGAACUGGGGGCAGGGGAAGAGACCUUGGCCAGGUUCCUGCCAUUAAUCUUCCCCAUUAUCAAAUGAUGAGAAUCCAUAAAAGCUAAGUUUGGAGCAGGAGAUGGGUUCAGUGUGGACUCUACUGAAACCAAAAUCCUGCUUGGGAACAAGUGGUUCUUUUUUUACCAGACUGACACUAAAGAUUUGCAGGACACUUGAAGCACACGUAGUGGAUUUGCUUCCCCACCCCCUUCCCACCAGAUUCCUCCUUAUGGAAGCUGGGAAAUAGCAGUGUUCCUGCUGCCUGAGCCAAGAGGAGGAAAAGAAUAGCUGCUUGGCAAAGAUCUGCUAGAGCAUUCACACAGCCAAAGAUCACAGGCAAGCCAUGCUGCCUGUGUUUAGUGUGCCAGUAAGCUGUGCCACCUACUGGCCAACAAAUCCAGCUGCCACUGCCCAGCUCCUGGAGGAGUUUUUCUAGUUCUGUUGUGUUACUGGCUGCCGAAAGUGCCUUAAGUAUAGUGAUGCUGCCAAUUAGUUGGCAGUCUCACUGGCUCUUGGCUGGCUCCUGAGCAUCUUGGCACUCCAAGGAAUGGCAGCUGGCCUAGUGUGCCAAGAAGGAAUGUUUUCACACAGCUGCUCAGGGCCCAUCCCUGACACUGUAGCUGCAGCUGGGUUCUUCCAGUGGCAUGAUGAAAGGAAGCCAGGUCCCCAGAGCAGCCCCUGACACAGUGAGAAAAAGUACUGAGGAGGCUUCCCUUCAUAUUUGUCUGCAGCUGGGAGCUGGCAUGUUCUGUGAAUCCUUUCAAAGAAACUGUAUUUCAUCCCUGCCCCGCUUCUUCCACCAUCUCUUAGUCAUCCUUUUGGAUAUUGGUGCUGAGAGUGGAUAGUUCUAUAAGGCCAAGAACACACCACUCUCCCCUGCCAAAUGCGCUCAUUCAAGGGCCUCUUGGUCAUCUCUGGUGCCUGCCAGAGAUCUCUAGAUGCUUUUUAGAAGGCUGGGGAUGCAGCAUAUAGGCGUGGAAGAGGAAGCAAAACACUAGGCCUGGCUCAAAGGCACAAGUCAGUUGCAUCUCCUCUUUGCAAGAUAUUGGACACUGAUGUGACAGCAUUCCAAGUGAUCCUUCUCACUUGGUUGCAUGUCUUAGGGCCAGCAGGUGGGACAAAUGCUACCAACCAAAAUAUGCCUGCCAUAUUGAGUCCCCUGUUUCCUUUUAGCAUGGGAAAGGUUUGUAUUUUGUCUUUUUAUUUGUUACUGUAAAUAAAAGUAUUUUUCAU